CAGAGGAAAUGAUUGCAGAAUGGACAAGGCUUGGGCGAGACGCCGUGUUCUCGACAUUUGGUGAACACAGGUCACCAGUCCAGGACAGGGCUGCACACUUUGGUGGACUGAACUGGAGUGUCUCAGUUCCUCAUGCACCUGUUGAUGCCGAGCCGUCGGAGGGCGACCACACUGGAUCCAGGAUGCUUUGCAGACUCCUUGCCUGACAGGAUGAAAGGAGCCUGAGCUUUUUCCCAGCUGAAUGGAUUACUGAGUUUUGUGCAAUGGACGGAUGGCAGACGGAUGCACAAAACAACUUUUUACGUUGUAGAUGACUGGUUAUUCUUGAGUCUUCAUCAUGUCUCUGACUGAGGCGUCUCCAGCUUCUCAUGUCAAGUGUUUGUCCAGCAGAGACACGUCCAAUGACACCUGCAACCUCCCCCUGGACACGGACAUGUUUGGCCUGACUUUCAUCUACGGCGUCAUCUUCUCCGUGGGUCUGCCCAGCAACCUGCUGUCCCUCUGGGGGCUGUACCAGCUGGGCCGCUCAGGCGGGGGCGGCUGCCAGCUGGUUUACAUCCUCAACCUGCUGCUGUCCGACCUCCUGCAGCUGCUCACCCUGCCGCUGUGGAUCCUCUACCUGCAGGGCGGACACUGCUGGCCGCACGGCCAGCUGACCUGCGAGCUGGUGGGCUACGUGUUCUACGUGAACAUCUACGCCAGCGUCAUGUUCCUGUGCCUCAUAGCCAUGGACCGCUGCCUGGCCAUCGUCUACCCCCUCAGCAGCCGCCGGGUGCGCACCGUGAGGGUGGCGGCGGUGUCGGGGGUGGCCGUGUGGACCCUGACCUUCCUGUUCUGCCUGAGCGGGCUGCUGCCGUCCGUGUUCGACUCCGACAGGCUGCUGUGUCUGGAGCAGUACCCCGUCAGCCCCAGAUACGCCCACUUCAAGAUCAUCACCGUGGUGCUCGGUUUCCUGCUGCCUUGUACCAUCCUGGGGUACACCUCGGCCCACAUCGGCGUGACACUCCGACGCUCCCCUUCCCUCUCCAGCCACGAGCGCCGCAGAAUCGUCGGGAUCCUGGUCGUCAUAACUGUCAACUUCAUCGUCGUGUUCGGACCCUACCACCUCGUGGGCGGAUACAGGUUUGCGUCCCUGCUGCAGACCGACGACCCCUGUGAAUUCGAACGCUCAAUAUUCCUCGUCUACCGCCUGUGUUACGGCCUGACCAGCCUCAACACCCUGCUGGACCCGCUCUUCUACAUCUUCCUGUGCCCCGACGCCCGGCUGGAGCUGCAGAGGUCCCUGCCGUGUCUGGGCCGGGGCCAAGGCCACCACAAGAACGCCACCACCACUGACACGUAUCAGCUCGACAACCAGAGGGAGAGCGAGACUAAACUUGGCAGCUUUGUAGCAGUUUGAGCUGGAUCUGACUGUGCAUCACACCAAACUACACAACUGUGCCACCCUGUGGAAAUAUAUGUGCUUGACUCGUUUCUGCAUCUUCAUUUGAAUAAAUGUGCUGAUACAAGUUUAGUUUCUCAUGAACAUAUCAUCAGAAAUUCUGCACAAAUCAUUUUUUUAUACCGGGCAACUCCAAUCCACUGUCUUACAUUUACUCAAACUGUUAAUUUAUAUGAUUUGUGGCCUCAAAAAACAGCAAAUAGAGACAAAUGGAACCAGAAUCUGAAUUUACCUGCUCAUAUAGUGAGAAUACUUAUUCGUACCGACCUCCACAGGGACAUGGAAGUUAGCCAUUGUGCAAAAAUUCCCAAAUUACACUUUACUUUGUGUAAAGAUGGGGAAAAAAAGAGAAGUUGAUGUGAAUCCGUCUAUAAAAACCGUAAUGUGACGUAAGUGUAAGACAUGUGUGACACUGCAACAGCAGGCUGCUUUUCUCUCUUUAUUCAUGUUCUGAAAUGUCAG